UGGAGAUGGGAAGACCUGUGAUCCAGAAGGUCUGAGGGAGCCUAUAUCCCAGAAGCUGACGCAAUCAACUUUCUGCUCCAGCAACAGUGACCCAGAGACAGGUGGACAAAGAAUUUGGGGACUGACAGGAACUGAGCUUGGGAUCCAGACUGAAACUGAUUUCAGACUGACCUCUAGCACCCAGGACCCAGACACAGGACCAUGGGACCCCAGCAUUUGAGACUUGUGUUCUGCCUUCUGGGGGCCAUCUCCACUCUGCCUCGGGUUGGAGCUCUUUUGUGCUAUGAAGCAACAGCCUCAAGAUUCAGAGCUGUUGCUUUCCAUAACUGGAAGUGGCUUCUGAUGAGGAACAUGGUGUGUAAGCUGCAAGAGGGCUGCGAGGAGACGCUAGUGUUCAUUGAGACAGGGACUGCAAGGUGAGUUGUGGGCUUUAAAGGCUGCAGCUCAUCUUCGUCUUACCCUGCACAAAUCUCCUACCUUGUCUCCCCACCCGGAGUGUCCAUUGCCUCCUACAGUCGCGUCUGCCGGUCUUAUCUCUGCAACAACCUCACCAGUUUGCAGCCUUUUGUGAAACUCAAGGCCAGCGCUCCUAAGUCUAUCAUAUCUGCUUCCCGUAGCUGCCCGACCUGUGUGGGCGAGCACACGAGGGAUUGCCUCCCAAAUUUUGUCACCACUGAUUCUUGCCCCUUGGCUGCCUCUACGUGUUACAGUUCCACCUUAAAACUUCAGGCAGGGUUUCUCAAUACCACCUUCCUCCUCAUGGGCUGUGCUCGUGAACAUAACCAGCUUUUAGCGGAUUUUCAUCAUAUUGGGAGCAUCAAAGUGACUGAGGUCCUCAACAUCUUAGAGAAGUCUCAGAUUGUUGGUGCAGCAUCCUCCAGGCAAGGUCCUGCUUGGGGUGUCCUCUUAGGCCUCCUGUUUGCCUUCAGGGACUGA